AUGGGCCAGAGCGCCGUGCUUCCUCCAAGGAGGAAGGAUACAUAUGUUCUGGAACUUCAUGUAUGGUACAGAAAAUUCAUCAAAGAGUGUCCUAGUGGGUUGAUCACCCUUCAUGAGUUCAGGCGCCAUUUUUGUGAUGGGACCGUGGGUCCCAAGUCUUCUGAAUAUGCCGAGCAGAUCUUCAGGACUCUGGAUGAUAACAGGGAUGGGACAGUUGAUUACCAUGAAUAUGUGACCGCUAUCAGUCUGCUGAUACAGGGCAGUCCAGAAGAAAAACUAAAGUGGUCAUUUAAAUUAUACGACAAGGAUAAAGAUGGAGCAAUUACCCGUUUAGAGAUGCUGGAAAUUAUGCAGACGAUAUAUAAAAUGAGUUUGGCAGCUUCACUCACUAAAGUUGACCCCCAAACAGCAGAAGAAUGCACCAACAGAAUUUUCAUUCGUCUGGACAAAGACAGAGAUGCUGUUAUCAGCCAGGAGGAAUUUAUUGAAGGAGCUCUGGGAGAUCAGUGGAUCCGUGCAAUGUUGGAAUGUGAUCCCAAUACAGUCGAUGUUCCAAGGUCUCCUUAGAUGUCUCACUCUGCUUAUGAACGUUUCAUAUUGAAAAUUCAACAGGCUUGAUGUGAACGAGAGCGAGGGCCAAUCAGUCAGGAGGGAAACAGCUGUGAAGAAUGCAAAGCUAAA